AAAUAUUCAACCUGCGAAAAACAAUUUUUCAGACGUAAGCAGACACGAUAAGAGAAAAGUAUGGUACGGAUAUGAAAUGACAGGUUUGAAUGAGGCUUCGAAGUAUGUUGAGAUACAGGAGAUACAAGAAAAUAUCAACGAGGAAUUUCGUUCCAACAAUUUGGACACGGAUGUGAGGGCCGUAAUGUAUAACAAUAUCAUAUUUAUAUACGUCAAAGAGGAAGAGAAGAGGAAGAAGAAACGGGGACAACGCAUCAUGCCAACCUUUUUUGCCUUGUUCCUGGGACACAAGUAUUUUUUCUGCUCAAAGAAGAAUGUACCAAUCGACUAUGUAAAAGUGAUGGCUGUCAGCCUGGGUUACAGUAACAGCAAAAGGAUCAAGCUAAUGGGCAAGAAUCUCAGAUCUUUAAUAAAAUUGUUAUGGAUUAAGCAACAGGGCGCUUUACGUGCCGAAGACAUUAGUCAACCACCAGUUUACCAACCGUCCAAUUCUACCGUCAGUAAUAACGGUGUGGAUUAUACACAGACCAAGCAACGAAAAAAGUAUGCAGAGCGAUGUUUUGGCAAUGACCCUCCGACUCUAGAGAUGCUCGUUAUAAAAGGGCCAGAGGAAUCUAUAAAACAUGACACUGUGGCUUCGAAGUUACCUGAUGACAGUAUACGUAUGAACUGGGAAUUUCGUAGUCGCAACAUAGCUAGGUUUUUAAUUGCUUUAGUUGAAAAACGUGCGUUUACGCUGCCUUUGCCCGAUUAUGUAUCUAAUCUCAUGACAGUAGGAAAAAACGAAUUAACACUUCGGACUGACCGGCAAAACCGGUCGAAAACAUGAAUUUCUUAUGGUAACAAAAUUAAGUAUUUCAUGCACGCAGUGCCUGCAUAUUGUUUAUAUCAGCUGUAAAAAAAGUGUUAGAUAUUAAUUUGCUAAAUAGUAACGAUGCCUAAAGCUGCAAAAUUAAUAUAAUCAACAAUCGUGUAUAAAAUAAUAAGAUUAUAUAGACUAAAAUUGUACAUACUCUGACAUAAUGUAACUAAUAUUUAAAUUUGAGUAAAGUACAUUGUUGUAAUGAAAGAGCAGCGAGAAAAAUUAACGAUUAAAAAGUCAGCCCUUCGAGUUCAAACUAGUGCAGAUGAAAACAGAGUGCAGAACACUGUAUUAAAUUUAUUGUAUAAUUUUGUUGUUACAUAGAAAUGUGUGCCAUUAAAA